AUGGACAACCCCCCCUCCCCCUCCACCCUCGUCAGCAACCUCAUCUCCGACUCCGCCUCCGCGCGCAAAUACGCCGUCUUCAAGCUGCAAAACCUACUCUCCGACCCCUCGUUCGCCGACGCUUUCAUUGCAGCCGAUGGUUUACUAGCGCUACGAGAUGCCGUGAUGCAGACAACGGGGAAUACGCAGGCGUAUGCGCUGGGGAGUCUGGGGGUGUUGUUGGAGUUGGGGGUGGGGUGGGAGGGGGUGGAUGCGCUUGUGAUUGAGAAGGCAGUUGCGUUAGCGGUCGGACAUCCGCUGGUGAAUAUCGUGCGCAACGCGCUGACGCUGCUCGUGCUGGUGGUUUCGCGACCGCUGGAGGGCGCGAGGAGGUCGGGGUCGAGUACGUUCGGCUUCCGAGCGAUUAAACCCGCACUCGACCAUCAUCCGAAUUUCCUGGAGUCGCUGGUACAUCGGCUGAGCGCGUCGGAUCACACGCUGUGCGCCAAUGCGCUGCAACUGGUCAACGCGCUUAUGCGGGACGCGGUGGUGAACGGGGGCGAGCUGGAGUGGCCGCGGUUCAUCAAGCGACUGCAGGAUUUGGGGGUUAUUGGGGGCGUAGGCAUGCUGAUGCGCGGGGACGCGGCGAAUGACGCCGGCAGCCCCUUGGCGACUGCUAUACUGGAGUUCCAGGGCCUGACGAAGUUGCUGCUGCGGAAGUGGAAGGAGGUACGGGUGAAUGUGGAGCUGCACGAGCAUAAGAAGGCGCUCAAGACGAUUCAUCUGGCGUCAAACCCGCAGCCUUUCAGUCCGCCGAACUCGGACGGCGAGCCGGGGAGGAAGACGCGGAAGCAUCACCCUGAGAAGUGGCGGCGGCUGGGUUUCGAAACGGAGAGCCCGGCGUGGGAGUUUGACGAGACGGGGUAUUUGGGUAUGAUGGAUCUGGUGGAUUUCACACGGAGGAACGCGGAUACGUAUCAGCGGAUUCUGAUGGAGCAGUCGAUGCAGCCGGUUGCGCAGCGGUGUCCGGUCGCGCGGGCGAGCUUGAGCGUCACGUUGGUGCUUUAUGAGCACUUUGAGAUUGAAGGGUCGGGGGGUGAGGAGGGCGGUGGGCAUAGGACGAGUCUACAGGGACGGGUGUUUGAGGCGAGGGCGAGUGGGAAUCUGGAUCGGCUGUAUAGGCCGCUGUUGCUGCAGUGGGGACGUCUGCAUACUGCGGCGUUGAAUGCUUUCAUUAGGUUGUGGAAGGUUGCGGGUGCGGAGACGGCGGACUUUUAUAAGAUUGAGGAGGUGGUGCGGAUUGUGGUCGAGCGGAUUGUGGGUGGGACAACGCGGAAGACCGACGUGGCGACGGUUGAGGACGAGUUGAGGAGCGCGAGUCUGGAGAACGCUCGGAAGUGGCAGAUGGAAGGGCUCGAUGAAGUUAAUGAAGACGCCUGGGGGCCACAUCUGGUGCAAAUACGAGAACAGCUGCAUCACGAAAGCUUGCAGUUCAUGAAAGAGCAGCGAGUCCGCUGUCUACUACAAGGCUCCUGGUUCCCAGCCUCCGGCAGCGGCGAGGCCGGCUGGCGAUACGUCCGCCUAAGCCACAACCGCAGACACCUCCACUACCGCACCUACGUCUCCCGAGGCACCGACUCGCCCGCCCUGGGCGACCUACCCGAGAAACUCGACCUCCACGCCGUCACGUCCGUCGACAGCAACGUCUCCGCCUCCUCGGAGCAACCCCCCACCGCCCUCCUCAACGGCGACAACAACAGCAGCACCGACACCCUGACCGACAAACCCCUCCUCCACGAACCCGGCAAAGCAUCGACCAACACCAAAAUCACCAUCAUCGGCCACCCCCCCGCCACCAAAUCCUACAAACUCACCCCCCUCCAAACCUCGCCCGUCGAAACCGUCCUGCUCGAACUCUACCCACAAACCUCUUCCCUAGCGUCCGAAUGGCUCGACGGCUUGCUCUUGCUCCUGAACCAGCAGCCGAUUACCAAGGACACGACGAACUUGGUCGCGAUGAUGGAGGAUUGGGGCGUGAGGUUGAGGAUGCUGAAUUUGAGGUGGGAGGACGUGGAUUGGGAGGCUUUGGAGAUGAGGGUUAAGGGGGAGCGGGUGGAGGGGAGGGAGGUGCCUGGGAGGGAGGGGUUGGAGGGAGGGUUUUGGUUUGGGGGGUUGGAGACUUAG